CUGUACAGUGGUGACUUUUUUCUUUUUGUCUCAAGUUUUCCACUCUGAAAGGAUGCAGGGUUUUUUGCUGCUUGCUUUCUCCCUGGUUACCACAGCUCAUGCAGAAUUCUGCAGGCCAGAUGCACAGAAUGCUUUCAAAGUGCGGCUUAGCAUCAAAACAGCUUUGGGAGAUAAUGCAUAUGCCUGGGAUGCAAGUGAAGAAUACCUUUUCAAAGCAAUGGUGGCUUUUGCAAUGAGGAGAUACUCCAGCCAGAAGACAACUCAAAUUUCCAAUGUGUUACUUUGUAAUGUAACGGAUCGAGUGUCGUUUUGGUUUGUGGUCACGGACUCAUCCAAAAAUGCAACAACUGUUCCCAGAGGCGAGGUUGAGGCAGCCAUAAGGAUGACCAGAAACAGGAUCAAUAAUGCCUUCUUACUGAAUGACAGAACAAUGCAGUUCUUGAAGAUUUCCUCAACCUUAUCACCACCCACUGAACCCUCUGUACCUAUCUGGCUUGUUGUAUUUGGUGUUGUCUUUUGCCUCAUCGUGGCAGGAAUUAUUUUCCUCAUAGUAUCAGGAAUCCAACAACGCAAAAAAAAUAAUAAGGAGCCUGCAGAGACAGAAAAUUUAGAAGAGAAAUGUGAAGCAACUGUAACAAUAGAAAAUGGGAUGCCCUGUGAUAUGCUGAAUUUAAAAACUGGCCAGAUUAACGGAGGCUAUGCAGCUGAUGACGAACGGUUCACACCUCUAUGAAAUGUUAUCUUGUACAUUUGGCUUCUUUUAAAGACUGUACACCUCCUUCAUCUUGUCACUAGAGCUGAACAUCAACCAUCAAGAGCAGCAGAAUGCAUCCUUUCACUAUAGGAAGGAAGUUUUCUUUGAUAACACAUGUACACAGAUGCACGUAAUCAAACAUUACACAUUGUUUGGCCACAAUGCAGAGUUACUGUUUCUGGGCAAAGCAGCUCAGAAGGCCAUGAAAUACUGUCCAAAGUUGACCAUGGAAUGGGACUGAAGCCUGAUUUAUACCCCAUGUUUUGAUAUUAGAGAUUAUUCAAAUACGUCAUUAUGAUUUGUUCAUUGUUUUCCUACCCUAGAAUAAAUGUGAACCACGUUGAUCUUC